AUGGGCGGAGUCCCUUCCAAGCCAGGAGAUCCGUCUCGUCCCCUCGAGGUGAUCGGCGCAGGGUACUCAAGGACAGGCACCUUGUCCGUCCAGCUCGCGCUAGAGAAGCUCCUCGAUGGCCCCGUGAUGCACGGCGGGACUCAUAUUUUGUCUCGAGAAGACGCUUUCCCCCGCAAAUGGAUGCAAGCCUACAACGCACGCCGCGCUGGCGACAAGGAGCUCACGUUAAAGCUUCUCCGCGAAUUGACAGCGGGCUAUGUUGGCAUUACAGACCUACCAGGAAUUGGAUUUAUCGGCGAACUGCAGGAGAUCUACCCCGAGGCCAAGGUGCUGCUGGUGACACGCGACCCAGUCAAAUGGUGGCGGAGCGUUGAACCUGUUGCCAGGAACUCCACCGUGUGGUGGUUGCCGUACGUUAUAUUUCCCGUACCUGGGUGGAGGUGGUUCCCGAGUUUGGUAGAAGAGUGGUCGAUGUAUGCACGGACGUUGCGCGGGCGUACGGAUGAGAAUACGGUGGCGGGUGGGCCGACAGUCCUUGAGGCGCACAAUAAGUUCGUCAUGGAUCUGGUGCCUAAUAAGGACCGGUUAUUGGUUAUGGAGCUCAAGGAAGGCUGGGAGCCGCUGGCCCGGUUCCUCGGCAAGCCGGUACCUGAGGAGCCUUUUCCGAGGGCGAACGAUGCUGAUUCAGCUGAGCAGACGGCUAAGAAGGUGUUUGGCAAGGUGUUGAAGAUAUGGGUUGGUAUGUUCACUGUUGCUGGAGUAGGUGUUUAUGCUGGACGGCGGCUGUGGAAAAGUUGA